UUUUUUUUUAUAUAUAAAUUUCUUUCUUUCAUUUUUCUUUUUUAUUGUUUUAACGUCUUUUUUUUUCUAUAUAUAUAUAUAUUGUUUAGAAUCAUGGCAUCAGUAGAAAAUAACCAUAUUGGAGAAAGAACUCCAUUGAUAAACAAACAGAAUCAUGAUCAUACUCACCACCACCAUCACCGAUCACCCAGUCGAACAGGAUCCAUGGUUUCUUAUCAAGAUGUGUCUUGUGCCAAUGUUAGUGAACGAAGUGGUGCUUCCUCUUCUACAAAAAGAAAAUUGUGGUUUGCUACUGGUUUAGCUCUUGUUUUCUUUGCUACUGAACUUGUUGCUGGGUACUUGGCUAACUCUUUAGCUCUCUUCUCUGAUGCUUUCCACUUGUUAUCUGAUGUUGUUAGUUUCUUGGUAGCUCUUGUUGCUAUUUAUCUUGCUGAAAAACCUCCUACAAGUCGUCAUACUUAUGGAUUCCAUCGUGCUGAAGUGAUUGCUGCUUUAGUAUCAGUUAUUACUAUUUGGAUAUUGACUGCUUUCCUUGUGCGUGAAGCCAUUGAACGUGUCAAAUCACCUCAACCUAUUGAUGCUAAAUUGAUGUGUAUUACUGCUUCUAUUGGUGUUGCUAUCAACAUUGUACUUGCGUAUGUUCUUGGUGGACAUCAUCAUGGUCAUUCUCAUGGAGACGAUCAUAGUCAUGAUCAUGAUCAUGAAGAUCAUAAUGAUGAUGAAGAAAAUAAUACAGCUGGACAAAAACCUCAUCGAAAGGAAGCUAACAUCAAUCUUCGUGCUGCAGCUUUACAUGUGAUUGGAGAUUUACUUGCAUCUAUUGGUAUUCUGAUCUCUUCCAUUAUCUUAUUGGUGAAUCCCAAACUUACCAUUGUUGAUCCUAUUUGUACAUUCAUCUUUUCUCUUUUGGUGCUUUAUACUACUUAUCAUUUGGUGAAGGAUUCUCUUGCUGUUUUGAUGGAAGGUGUACCUCAACAUCUUGAUCCCAAUCAAAUCGAAAAAUCUUUACUUCAAAUCUCUGGUGUAGUAGCUGUCCAUGACCUUCAUGUCUGGGUCCUUUCACCUGGUAAAAGCUCUUUGACUGCACAUAUCUCAAUCGAUAGAGAAGCCUUCUGUCAUUAUGACGAUAUUUUGACCAAGUCUCAAAGAAUCAUUUGCGAUAUGUAUGGCGUACAUCACAGCACCUUGCAAAUCGAAAGCGAUCAAUCCAAUUUCCAAAACCACUGUCGACCUCAAAUAUGUACACCCAGAAACUGAUGAUUUGUAUGAAUGAACAAUGUUCUUUUUUUUUUUUGUGUGUGUAGUGUAUGUGUAUUUUGCAUAGAUACUUUUUUCAGUGAUUCCCCUCCUCUCUCUCUCUCUAUCUUCCUCUUUUAUACAAUUUGGUUUUCUGCUCUCUCAUUUUCCCUAUUCUUCUUACCUAUCUGCACUUCCAUUCUCUUACUCUUCAUGCAUUGAUUAUGUUUUACCAUUUCAUAUUUACUAUUUACAAACAAUAAACAAAGAAUUUAUCUUUACA